UAUAAAGCAAAGAAGAAGAAACGGCAGGAAGGCAAUUGAAGAAGAUGGGAGUCACAAAGGAGCAACUCGAAUCUACUUUAACCUCCAAAUUGAAUCCUCAGCAUCUGGAGGUAACUGAUACAUCUGGAGGGUGCGGGGCGAGUUUCGUAAUUGAUAUUGUCUCGGAACGAUUCGAAGGGAAAAGGUUGCUUGAACGACAUCGGUUGGUGAAUGCAGCUCUGGAGGAGGAAAUGAAAGAGAUUCAUGCUCUCUCCAUCAAGAAGGUUCUGACCCCACAACAGUGGAAGCAACAGCAAGAAGAAUCUGAAAAAUCAAAAUCUGCUGCUUAGAAGAGCAUGAUUCAUAAGUCAAGUAAGAGACACUGGUGAUACUAUAAAUAAAGCAUACUAAAUAGCCACUAAAGUAACCAUGUACUUCUGAUUCUGCUGUACUUAUGUAUGAAAAUUUCUGCUUUUCGGUUUGUU